AUCCGAACUCAUACCAAUAGUUGGAACGGAACACAAGUUGGAUCGGUCGAUAUCUACGGUUUGUGUAAUGCAAGGGGACGUAAAACUCUCGUAAACGGAAAUUCACCGAAUUCCGUGUCCUCCGUCAUUUUUUCUUUCAUCCCUUUCCCCCCUUUGGGCCUUUACCUUCGUCUCACCAUCGUCUAGUCUUGUUCUCGUCAGCUCCAAGGAAAGGGGUGACAUUCGAAUUUCGAAACUCCUACGCGACCAGAGACCCUUCUGCCGGAAGUCCGCCUCCGGCAGGGAGAGAGAGGGUGCCUCUUCCGAUUCCUACCCGGUCCAUUCCAUGAUUGCCCUCUCACUCUCCUCCUCCGCCGCCUCCACGUCUACCUCCUCCAUCGCUCGUGUUACAAUCUUCUCUUCCAAUUCUUCAACGCCUCCGCAUUGUCGUAUGUUUACCCGAUUCUCCAUUUCCCUGUCGCCGUUCCCCUCUGAUGCGAUCAUUGCGGCUACGCAAUCGGGUCGCUUCUAAGUCUGUUGACAGCGAUACUACCCACAACGGAAUGGAUCCCGUCAAGUUCCAACAGCGAGUGGGACCAGCUGCGUCUCGUUCCGCCCCCAACUUCGCCUAUUACCCGAUUUCGCGACCCUCCAAGCGAUCCAAGUCCAAUAUCAUCGUUUUCGGGUUUGUCCUCAUCCUGAUCGCUUUAAUCUCGUGUUAUUACCUGUUCCGCACCGGUAAAGUUGUGGAUUGGAAUAAAAAGUACGGGAUUGUUAUCGACGGCGGCAGCACCGGGACGCGGCUCCACGUGUUCGCUUACAGGGUUCAGGGCGGGAAGACGGUGUUCGAUUUUGGGGAGGAGGCGGCGAUGAGGGUUAGCCCCGGAUUGUCGGCGUAUGCCGAGGAUCCGGAAUCCGCUGGUUCAUCUCUUAAUGAGCUGCUUGAGUUUGGGAAGGAGAGAGUGCCGAGGGGGCUAUGGGGUGAUACAAAAAUUCGGUUGAUGGCUACCGCUGGGAUGAGGUUGCUGGACUUUGAUGUGCAACACAGGAUUCUAGAAUCGUGUAGAAGGGUUCUGAGGCAAUCUAGGUUCGUGUUUAAGGAUGAAUGGGCGUCUGUUAUUAAUGGUUCUGAUGAGGGUGUUUAUGCUUGGAUUGUUGCCAACUACGCUUCCGGUACUCUUGGAGCUGACCCUCUCAAGACAACUGGUAUAAUUGAGCUUGGUGGAGCUUCUGCUCAGAUAACUUUUGUUUCAAAUGAGCCGUUGCCUCCUGAGUUCUCCCGGACUGUCAAGUUUGGGAAUGUAAUAUAUAACAUCUACAGCCACAGCUUUCUUCAGUUUGGUCAGAAUGCUGCAUUUGAUGCAUUGAGGGAAUUGCUAGUGUCACCAGACCAUCAAUCAUCUGCUGAGUUGGUUGAAAAGGGAGGAGUAAAUUUGGAUCCUUGUACUCCCAUGGGGUAUUCACAUGUUAUGGCUGCGGAAAGUUCCUCAUCAGGUUCUUUCUUUGAAGAGAAGGAUAGUCUUCUGUCAAACCUUCAGCCUGGGGGUAACUUUUCUGAGUGCAGAUCUGCUGCAUUAACACUUUUACAGAAAGGAAAAGAUAAAUGUGCCUACCAACACUGCUCUAUAGGACCAACAUUCAUACCGAAGCUUCAGGGGAAGUUUUUGGCAACGGAGAAUUUCUUCUAUACAUCUAAGUUCUUUGGGUUGAGUCCAAAAGCUUUUCUCUCUGAUCUUAUGGGAGCUGGAAAACAAUUUUGUGGGGAGGAUUGGUCAAGUUUGAGAAGGAAGCAUAGAUCAUUAUCUCUCAAAGAUGAUGAACUUAUGCGCUAUUGCUUCUCUUCUGCGUAUAUUGUUGCCCUACUUCACGACAGCCUUGGGAUAUCUUUGGAUGAUGAACGGAUUGGGUACGGCAAUCAUGUUGGGAAUAUCCCUCUUGAUUGGGCACUCGGAGCUUUCAUCUUGCUGACCAGUUCUUCACAGGAUAUGCAACACCCUAGCUGGAUCUCCACUGUUAUCGGUGAUGAUUCACCCACAUUAUUAUGGUUAGUUGCCAUUGCCGCAUUGUUCAUGUUUGCAGUGUGGUCAGUGUCGAAAUGGAGGAAGCCUCAAUUAAAGACGAUUUAUGAUCUAGAGAAAGGACGAUAUAUAGUUACACGUGUGCGAAGAAGUUGAUAGCAUUUUUCGGAUGUGAUACCUGCAGUAUUAUUCUUAAACCUACACAGAUCGAAGGGGGAGGUGUCUAUCAUUUAGCUGUUUUGGAGAUCCAUUGCUUCCCUUGAGUUAGGUGAGGUCAGAUAGACAAAGCAUUCAUAUGAUUCUUCCAUUCGAGAGUGCUAGGUGAAGAAGAUAGUGUAACUAGUGAAACUGUGAUAGGAGGAAUUAUGGCCUUCCCAUUUUGUAUUCUGGAAGAGGGGAGAAGCAUGUGGUAACUCUGAAUAUGGAAGGGCGGAGAACACUAAAGAGUUUCUUCCUUUCUCUCCCCUGUGACUGCAAAUUGCUCAGUGUGCAAAGAGCAGUGGUAGAAAUACGCAGAUUUAGAAUGAGAGAAGAGGUAUGGCAGUUGACUUGUACACUUGAUUGUUUGUGAAAUAUGAUUUUAAGUAAAAAUGUGAUACAGUGCCUGCAUAGAUGUUAUUGCUUCUUGUAAAUGAGUGUUGGUCUCAAUCUGGGCUCAAGGUAUAGAAAGAACUAUAGGGGUCGUUUGGAAGUUGGAAUUUCAUAUGAUAUAUUUAACUAAUAUACUUUUUUUUUGUCU